UUUGCGCCAAGAGGUGGAGAAGUGAAAAACUUUUUCCUCUCUGUCGGAAGAUGGCGACGGAGAUACUAAGAACGAAAUGGAUGGCGAUGACGGCGAGCAUAUGGAUCCAGUGCACCUUAGGAGGUUCCUACACCUUCGGAAUCUACUCCGCCAUCCUAAAGUCAACUCAAUCUUACGACCAGUCAACCCUUGAUACGGUUUCUGUUUUCAAAGACAUUGGGGGUAACGUCGGAGUUUUAUCGGGACUUGUCUACACUGCAGCCACCUCAAAUAGCCGUCUCCGUCAUGUACGGGAAGGCCGAGGAAGAGGAGGACCGUGGGUGGCGAUUUUGAUCGGAGCGGUUUUGAACUUCACCGGUUAUUUCUUGAUGUGGGCAUCUGUUACCGGUUUGAUAUGGCGGCCUCCGGUUCCGGUUAUGUGUAUGUUUAUGCUCAUAGCAGCGCAGUCUUUGACGUUUCUUAACACGGCCAAUGUUGUGAGCUCUUUAGAGAAUUUUGCUGAUUAUGGUGGCACUGCCGUUGGCAUUAUGAAGGGUUUUGUUGGUCUAAGUGGAGCAAUGCUAAUUCAGUUGUAUGAAACAAUAUGCCCCGGAGAUCCAAAGACUUUUAUUCUUCUACUUGCCAUAGUACCUUCACUUCUCUCUGUCUUGGUGAUGCCUCUAGUCAGAAUAUAUGAGACAAGCACGGUUGAUGAGAAGAAGCAUUUAGAUGGUUUAUCAACUUUGUCACUUAUCAUUGCAGCUUACCUUAUGAUCACUAUUAUUCUAAAGAGCACUUUAAGUUUACCAUCAUGGGCCAAUGCCGUCACGCUUGCAGUUCUACUCGUUGUGCUUUCAUCGCCUCUACUAAUUGCGAUAAGAGCACACCGAGACAGUAAACCAUUAUCACCUGUUUAUUCCCCUCUGGUAGAAAAUCUGGAAGCAACAACCUCUGGGGAGAUCUUGAUGCUAAGUGAAGACAAAAGCUUGAAUCUCUUACAAGCUAUGCGUAAUGUAGACUUCUGGUUGUUGUUUCUUGCAAUGGUAUGUGGAAUGGGUUCAGGGAUUUCGACGAUAAACAACAUCAGACAAAUAGGCGAGUCUCUUAGAUACUCUAGCAUUGAGAUAAGUGCAUUGUUGGCUUUAUGGAGUAUAUGGAACUUUAUUGGUCGGUUUGGAGGUGGUUAUGUCUCGGAUCUACUGCUACACAGAAAAGGAUGGCCACGUCCGUUGAUAAUGGCUACAACUCUUGGAACAAUGACCAUAGGUCAUCUAAUUAUAUCCUCCGGUUUCCAAGGAAAUCUUUACCCCGGUUCGAUUAUCGUAGGCAUAUGUUAUGGCUCACAAUGGUCGUUGAUGCCAACAAUAACGUCAGAACUGUUCGGGGUUAAGCACAUGGGCACAAUCUACAACACCAUUUCGAUUGCUAGUCCUAUGGGUUCGUAUAUCUUUUCUGUAAGAUUGAUUGGGUAUAUCUAUGAUCAUACCAUUACCGGAGAAGGUAACACAUGUUACGGUCCUCAUUGUUUCCGGUUGUCAUUUGUGAUCAUUGCGUCGGUGGCUUUCCUCGGAUUUCUUGUCUCAUGUGUGUUGGUUUUUCGGACAAAGACGCUAUAUCGACAGAUCUUCGAGAAGAGGUUUCGUCGUCGAUAAGAGGUGUGACUUGUGAAUAAUAAUGUUCAGGUACAUAAUAAUGUACAGUGCCACUUGAAUUUGGUAUUUAUAUCUGUUAAAAAGAAAUUGUAUGUUAACUUUU